CUACCAGUGGAGCGAGCUGCACGACUCGUCGGAGCUCCAGGUUCUCGUGAAGAGGGUGGAGGCCAUGGCCAGCCAGUUUUUAACCAACAUUCAGGGCGACAGGGCUCCAACGAGGUUCAGGACGAUGCCGUGGGUGGAGGUGUUUCGGCCUGGUGACUUCCAGUGGCCGCACGUGCGCACUGGUGCUUCUGUACAUGGUGUCUUUUUUGCCAGGCACGCUGAGAAUUCCAGCGAAUUGAUUUUUGAUGAUGUGCGGGGCGACAGCCCUCCUUUUGGCUACCGGUACGCGCACACCCCACAGCAGGGCGAGUUGGUGCUCUUCCCCGCAUGGGCGCCUCACAAGGUGACGCCCAACCAGGGUAGCACCAACAACGUGUACUACAGAUUCUUGCUGUGGCCGCCCAGAGGCGCGACGGACUUCGACUGGGAGGACGACCCCACGGGGGACUACGUCUACAAGAAGACCACGAACGUGAGGAGGAGCCUCCCGGAGCAGGCCCCGCAGGAGGCGCCUCUCUCGUCCACCUCCCCCGCUGGACCCCCUCCCUCCCCCCCGGGUCACGGCGGUGAGCUCUGA